CUGAAGAUAUAGUGGAAUCUUCGCCAAAGAAGAGGCAAUGCACAAUCACAAAUGCACAUUUCCUUUUUCCUGGAGUAAAUGUACCUUUGCGAGCAGAUGAAUCUUUAGAUAUUCUCGAGAUGUUAAAGUUGGCCUGCAAUGAAAAAGUCCCAAGAGAGAGUACUUACGAUACAGAAAUGUAUCGAAUUUUAAUGAAUUGGUUGGCAAAGGAUCAUGACUUUGAGAUUACAAGCCAGUGGCAUCUCAAGCAGGUCUGUGAAGAUGGAGACUGGCAUCAUCUUUAUUCCGAUCUGACAAUAAAAAGGAGCGCUGACCCCAACCCUGUAGCUUUACUAGAACUUAUAGCAACAGGAUCUAUUCCGAAGUUAAAGAAACAUUUCGAACAAAUUUUUAAGUAUGCCGACCAACUUUGCCCUCAGGAAGGGAGAGGAUUAAAUGUUGUGCAUUUUUGGCACGAUAAAGAAUUUAAGAAUGUUCAUAUGAGUUCCCGAUUUCGAGAUGCCACUG